GCCUCCCUCAAAACUGAGAACUAAUUGAGUGCUGUACUGUUUAGUGCACACACGCACAGUUCUUGUGUGCAAGGAACACCAUCCCAGAUUGACAAAGAUCUACGAAGAAAGCAGUGUGUAAGAACUGAUUCACAGAUCAGAAAACAUGUUCUCGAAAAAGAGCAUAUUUAAGGUCCCUUCGAGCAACAAGCUAGCCAGCGAACUUCCUGUGUUGAUUGCGCAGAUGCAGAAAAAUGGUGACCAGGUGGAAAAGGACAUUCUGGACACAGAGGAAAAACUGCGGGCGGAUAAGUUCAACUAUGAAACCAACCGUCCAUUCAAAUACGAAGCUGUGAACAAUGAUAAUUUAGCGCGAUCGGAAGUACUGCUCAAGGACCUGUUCCUGGCUGCUGCCAAGGCAAAAACCCUGAAACACCCGCAGGGACAUGAGAUUGAAGACGACAUCAAGAGAAUGCAUGGACGUUGGGUACAGCAGUGCUCAGUAUAUCGAGAUCUCUAUGAGAAGCUGAAACUGCCAAAGGCUGAUUGGUCUGAUGUCCUGGCACAGAAGCAGCAAGAGAUCAAUAAAGGUGGCUACGGACCACAGCUGCCAGAACUGGAACAGCAGGUUGCAUCCCAUAACAUCUUGAGUAGAGAAAUCGAAGCUUAUGGGCCGCAGAUCAACAGCCAGUCCAUCCCUGAUCAGGAGGGACGCAAGGCUGUUCAGAAACAAUAUAAAAACCUGGUGGAUUCCUCCAAGCUACGUGAACACCAACUGGACGGUCUCUAUGGCUACAUGCAGGAUUGCACCAAGCAGCUCGUGUUCAUGAGUGAUCAACAGGAGAAGAUCCAGAAGCAGGACUGGAGUGACCGGCAAUUGGAGCCUGAGGAAGUACGCAAGCAAUACGAGAGUUUUAAAGAAAAUGGCCUGUUGUCUGAAGAAGAAGCUGUCAACAGAAUUCAGGAUGAUGGAGAGCGCCUGAUAAAACUGAAGCACCCAGGCAGCCCUGCAAUUGAAGCUCACAAGGAUGCAGUAAAAAAUGAAUGGCAGCAGUUUCUGAAUCUCUGCAUCUGCCAGGAGGCACACCUGAAGAAUGUGGAGGAUUACAGAAAGUUUCAGUUCGACGCAGACACUCUCAAUCAGUCCAUCAAAAAGCACAAUACAGAGCUGGACAAUAAGUUCUCCAAGUACAAGGACAAUCCUCGGACUAUGUCUGAUCUGCUUCAACAGUUUGGGGAUGAUGAGAAAAAUAUUAUCCAAAUGGACAAAGAGAUGAAUGAUCUGAAGAGGCAGAGCCAGCAGGUCAUGCCACUGAAAGCUCGGCGCAUGCCCGUUUCCAAACCCUUCCCAAUGACUGCCUUGUGUGACUGGGAUGAUGGAGAGAAUGAAGUCAGCCGCGGCGAGAAGCUAACACUCCAGAACAAUGAUGACCCUGAGUACUGGAUUGUGACGAACAGUGCAAAAGAGACCAAACGUGUCCCUUCAGUCUGCUUCAACAUCCCUCCUCCUGACCCAGAGGCCAUUGCUCGAGCAAACAGAUUGGCAAAGGACUUGGAUGAUUUGAAAAGGAAGCGAUCAGACACUGAGAAUAAGUUGAAAAACCGUUACAAUGAGUUGAAGCAAAUGAAACCUGCAUACCAGGGCUUCCAAGCCAAGGAGGCCAGCUUGUUGAACCAGUCAGCAGCACCAGGGAAAGAUGAUCCCCGCACCAAAGAUCUCCUGUCAAAGCUCAACAAGAUUACUGACAACCUAGGAGAGACGGAGAAGGAGGUGCUGUCCCAGCUUCACACGCCAAUCAACCGAAAUGCCCCCACUCAGGACAUUGCCAAUCGUCUCAAGGACCAGCAGAGUAUAGAUAACAGCUUGCAGAAGAUUGGAGCAGAGAAGGAUUCCGUAAAGAAAGAGUGUGAUCUGCUCCUUCUGAAUAAGCCCACGGGACCUUCUGCAUCACAGCUUCCCAACAAGCUCAACAAUGUGAUGAAUAAGUACAAACAGGUCACCUCUCUGGCCAACCAAUUCCAGAACAAAUCAAAGUCUCAGUUAGAGCUGGAAAACAGCAUCAAGAAAGCGAAUGAUGCCAUUAAGAGAGUUGAAUCCAAUCUUGCAGAGGAGUCUGCAGUUCCUACGAGUGCAAAUGCCAUGCAGCAGAGGAAGACUGAGCUACAGAGAUUGAGACGAGAGCUAAACAACGAUGAAGAUAAGUUGCAGAAAGUGAACCUGGACCUGAAAAAGGCUGAGGAUAGCUGCAAACCUUUGGAGCUUGACUUCCAGGAAUACUGUCCUGACAUCAAGAAACAACGGACCGAGGUGCAGAAGCUAAACACUCGCUUUCGGAAUGCCAAUGAUCAACUGGACCUGAGAGAGGAAAUGCUUCAGAAUGCUGACAUAGCCCAGCAGCGUUACAAAACAUCCCUGCAGGGACUUAAUACCUGGGUGGACAAUCUUCCUAACAAUGAAGUGCGACAGAAUGCCAGCCUCAAUGAAGUCCAAACCAAGCUUGAAGCUCAGAAGGUAAGUAUGGCCGGCGGCGGGCAGAUCCGACCAGAGAGCAGGAAGGAAUGCGGAACAGUUGGUGCAGACGAGGCCGGGGCGCAGAGCGAAGGUGCGUUUAAGCCGCGCGCCCGCGAGGCACCCGGGGCCGCCGGAGCGGUCGAGCACAACGGGAGAGUGGUGGGUGCGAACACCACGGCGGGACGCGGGAUGCGGCGAUCCCCACGUGCCGCCCGGCGCCCGACGAGGCACGGCGCAGCGGAUAUGCUGGGGAACAAAGGCUUGACCUGGAUGAAGUCGCUCGAAGAUGACGUCUGGUCUGCCUUGGUGAUUCUCCCCACCGGCGUCAGCCCCUUCCCUCGCCUCACCGCUUCCGCCGGCCCGAACCUUUUCCCCCUUCUUGCGCUUUCUCCGCCUGCUCCGCCGCCCGUUGCCUGGCUCGGCGCUCUUCCGCGGGCCUCUGCUUUCCGACCGGGUAACGCCGCCGCGAGGCUUCACACGCACUCAGGCCCCGGCAUCGGCCACGCCGGUGCCCACGACCCCGUGCUGGGGGGAGUGAGCGACGAAGCGUCGCUACGUUUACUCGUUAGAACCGUUUAUAAACAAUGGAAACAACAUGCCCGCAGUACGCCAAUCCUCGGAGGCCGGGGGACAGGUUCCCGUUUACUAAUGACAUUUGAAAUAUUUGCUGUUCAGGAGCCCCCGGGCCAUUUCGACACUAACUUCCCUCAAAGUUUUAUUCUUUUUCAGGAGAAGGACAUGGUCAAACAGUUUGCUGAAGUCUCAACGUCAAACGAUCAGCUGCUGAACCAGCUGGAGUUUGUGAGAAAUGUUAAGCAAAAGCACCAAGAAAGUCCAAUAGAAGUGGUUAUGCAACAGAAUGUACAGUCAUCACCUGGACUGUUUGCCAGCAGAGACAGCUACCAGCAACAAAACAACGACGAAGUAAAGAAGACAAAAUUAAUCGAAGCAACUCUUGAAGAGAAAACUAAAGUGCUGAAACUCCUGAAAACAAGUCGACCUGUGGAUAAAACGGAAGAGAAAGAGGUGAUUGAAUAUUACAGAGACCCCAAGGCAGAGGCCAACCUUUCCAACUUACGCAAUGAGAUCCAUCAAGUGAGGAAACAAAGCCAGGAAACUCAGAGUAAUGUAAAUGCCACCAAACAGAAAAUAAGUUUGCUGGAAGAUGGUCAGAAGAAUGCCAAAACUGGUCUGCUCACCAAGGAAGUGACACAAAUUGAGAGAAGCCCUGCUUUAGAUGCUGAAGCUGAAAAUCUACGUAGUGAAAUCAGUACCAUGAGAAGGGAAAAGCAAAGAACUGUUAAUGAGUGGGAUCGUCUCACAAGAGAGGUCACCAUUGUUGAGCAGAAACCAUUCAAGAUUAAAGAAAAGGUUGUUGUGGUUGAGAAAGUAAAGAUUGAAAAGGACCCAACUUUGCAGAAUGCUUCCAAAAGUUUAAUGAAUGAGAUUGAUGAUGAGGGUCAGAAAAGGGAAGUGCUGAUUGAAAAGAUACGUAUCAUUCGAAUUCAGAUUGAGUCCCUGAAGAAACAAUCUGGAAAGACUGAUCCUAAGGUCAUGAUUAAGGAAAUCAGGAAGAUAGAAAAUGAUCCUCAACUUGAAAAGGACUUAGUCAGGCUCAGAAACCUUUGUGAGGAUGAUAGCCACAAUAAUAGUUUCCUUGAGAAAGAACUAAGUGAGCUGCAGAGGAAAUACAGAAUUAUUGCUGACCAGAAACAAAAAAUAGAAAUAAAGGAAAUAGUUAAUGAGAAUUUCCGUGUCCUGCCUGAAACUGAACAAGAGAUUGCAAAAUUAAAAAAAGAAAUACGAGACACUACAAAGAGACGGGGCGAUAUAGAGAUGGAAAUCACCAUUGCAAAAGGAGACUUGGAAGUCCUGAAAGAUAGGAAACCUCAAAUUCAGUAUAAAGAUAUUACCCAAGAAGUUGUGAAGCUCCGUAAAAGUCCAGAAAUGCUAAAAGAGAUUGAUCAACUCAAGCAUAAGAUCCCUCAAAUGGAAGAUGAGAAUGGUGAUAUGCAGGAGAAGAUUAAGAGGUUGAAAACUGAAAGAGAUGAAUGGCGGAAAGAACGUUCAAAGAUUGAGACCAAAGUGGUGACCAAGGAUAUUGUAAAGUAUGAGGAUGACCCAAUGCUGGAUAAAGAAGUGACACGAAUCCAAGCAAUACUCCGUGAAGAAUCGGAGAAGCGGAGGAAUAUAGAGGCAACAGUCUUUGACCUGCAGAAUAUGUACGCUCUGUUGCAGAGACAGAAGAAUGAAGAGAAAAUUGUUGUUCAGGAAAUAGUUCGUUUAGAAAAAGAUCCAAAACUUGCCAGGGAACAUGAUGACCUGGGCAACACCUUGGAUGAAGAACGCAAGCAGAGACGCCUUCUGGAGACAGAAGUUCAGCAUCUGAAAGCUCUGGUAGAGGAAAGAGAGAAAGAAUUAAACCUUGAUGAAGAAAAGGCUAUUCACCAGGUGGUCAAAAAUGAUAUGCAGAAAAUCAAAUUAACAAUACAUGGGAAAGGAAAAAUUGCUCCAUCAAUAGAAGAGACUAUUGUCACUGAAGAAAUCCUCAAGGUGGAAAAAAAUCCACAUCUGGAUAAAGCAGCUGGAACUCUACAUCAGAAUAUAAAACAAGAAAGAAAUAAAGCCAAUAGUUUGGACAAAGAUAUUAAGAAACUUAAACUACAAUUGGAGAUUCUACACAAAGAAAAAUCCCAAGAGAAACUUGUCUGCAAAGAGGUUAUCCGAAUAGAAAAAGAUAAGGCCUUGGAGGAGGAUCGCGCACGCACUCGGGACUUAUUCAACAAAGAGAGGAAUUUAAGGAUGGAUAUAGAAGACGAGAUAAGAAGGGUUAAAGACAAGCAUAUGAAUUUCGAAGUUUCGAAGGCAACACAAUCCCAGGAAGAAUCUAAUUUGAGAAAUGCCAGAGAUAAUGCACUCCGUGAGAAGGCAUCAUUGGAGAAUGAUCUGAGGAAGCUGGAGUCUGAAAGAGAGCAAAAGACCUUUGUCCAUAAAGAGGAGUACAAGCGCCUGAGUCAGCAUCAGGUGAAAGCAAAACAAAGGAAGCAGGAGCUGGAUGAUAAACUGGCAUGGAUAGAGAAGGAGAUCAUGAUGGGGAGAGACCAACUCCACGAGAAAGAUUACAAAAUCAGAGAGCUGUCCUCUCAGAUCAACAGGGAAGAAUCUCGUCAGCAUGACGUCCAGAUGAGGGAGACCAACCUGUCCACAAAGAUUUCUAUUGUAGAUCCAAAUACUGGAGAGGAUUUGUCACCCUAUGAGGCUUACAAGAGAAAUAUAAUAGAUCGGGAACAAUACAUCAAACUCCAGGAGAUGGAAUGUGACUGGGAGGAGAUUUUCACCCAUGGGAUAUCAGGAGAAAGCUCCGUCCUUCGUGACAAGAAAAGUGGGAAGCAAUAUUCUAUUGAGGCUGCCUUGAAAGAUGGAAGAAUCACAAAGAAUGAGCUGAAGAGUUAUAGGGCAGGAAAUAUCCCAAUAUCUGAGUUUGCACUGCUGGUAGCAGAUGAAAAUAAGCCAACAGAAGUGCAUGAAAGUUUUUUACAAUCAAAUCAAACACCAUCCUAUUCUAGCCUAAGCUAUUCAUCCUACAGAACUCACACUGAACGGGAUCAGCAACCCAUCGCUGGAGUGCAUGAUGAUACCACCAACUCAAAGCUAUCCCUCACAAAUGCUUUGUACAAGAAACUAAUAGAGCCCACCACUGCUCAAAGGCUAUUAGAAGCACAGGCAGCCACAGGUGGAAUCAUCGAUAUCACCAACUGGGAAAGGCACUCAGUCCAUAAAGCAAUAGAGAGGCACCUGAUUGACAAAAUCAAUGAGCAAAGGCUGGUCAAUGCACAGAAGGCUUUCACUGGGUUAGAAGACCCCGUUACACAUGAACGUCUUUCUGUCGGGGUGGCCCUUCAGAAGGGCUGGCUACCACGUGAUAGUGGCCGCCAGUAUCUGGAAGCUCAAUAUCUUACUGGUGGCCUGGUGGACCCCAAUCACUCUGGCCGAGUAUCAAUCACGGAUGCCCUCCAGUCAAAGAUGAUAGAUAACAACACUGCCAGGGGCCUGCGUGAAGAAUCCAACUAUGUAAAGGAUCUUGUUGAUCCCAACACUAAUGAGAGAGUCCAUUACAAAGAACUAAUGAGGCGCUGCAAGAGGGAUGAGUUUUCCGGCCUCCUGUUUCUCCCGGUCAAGUCGGACCCCACUGCAAUUUCAAGCAAUCAGUCACCAAACCGCUUCACUAACAAAUAUUCUAGCUUGUAUUAAUCACUGCCGACAGAUACCACUGAGUGUUAAACUAAUAUCACCUGCAACUGAUUCACCAAACUUCCUCUUAUUAAUGUUUGAAAUUAUAUUACCUAUCUCUUUGUUUUUUUCACCAUGGGUUUAAGGCCAUUCCAUUCAUCUCUUUUUGUAGUUGAAGGUUUAUAGAAAGGGAAAUUUUAAUGCUAUCAUUCUCUGUCUGCAACAUUUCUAUAAUAACUGUGUGGAGAAUUGUAACGUGCAUGAUAUGAAACAUUAGUUUACUCUGCGCCACAAAGAAUUCAUUGCGGCAUCAAAUAAUUUCAUUAAUAAACAAGUAUAUGAAUAA